UGGAAUUUCUCAUUGAAAAAUGGACUCAAAAUGCUCUCUUUCAAGUUUCUUAGAACAUGAAGCGUGAAUUUGUGAAGCUCUAGGUUUUUACUCAAUAAUUCCAUAUUCAUCUGCUGCAUACAUUGUCAAGGUGUUUUUGUAGGUGAUCAUGGGUUCAAAUGGCGUAGCAAUAGAUGAUACGGAAGCACAAACAUUAGCUGAAGAAACGGAUGUGAUUAGCACAUUACAUGAAAGCAUUCUAGGUCUUAUCCUGUCUUUCGUUCCAAUUAUAGACGCGGUUAGCACUAGCGUCUUAUCAAGAAGGUGGAUUGAAGUUUGGACAUCCUUAAGCACUCUAAAAUUUGAUGAUAGUUUACUAUUUUAUGGCAAGAAAAUGCAAAAGGAACAGUUUGUGAAUUUUGCUGAAAAAGUGCUUCUUCACUUUACUAAUUCAAGCAUCGAAAUUUUCUCUCUUUGCUUAACUAGUCAUCAAUAUGAUGCAUCUCAGGUAAGUGAAUGGAUCUCCUUUAUCUUAGAAAGGAGAGUUCAAAAGCUUCAUAUUCAAUAUUCUGAUAAACUUUUCCUUUCUUCGAAAUCACUCUUUCGCUGCAAUUCUCUGAUUGAAUUGACGCUUCAAAUGAGAUGUACUCUUAGUCUUCCCGUAUCUGUUCGUCUCACAAAUCUUCAAAAACUUAACAUUUCCGGGAUUAAAUUUGCGAGUGAUUCUUCCACUUAUUCAAGAGAUAUAACUCUUAGUUUUCCACAUCUCAAAGUGUUUGAAGCUAGAGGGUGUGAAUGGUCAACUAUGCAGAAUAUUAGUUUACAAGUACCUUCACUUGAGAGGUUUUCAAUAGCAAUAUGGAAUCAUCAUUCAAAUGAAUCAUGUAAAUAUGGAACCAUAAAGGUUUAUAGUCAACGCCUAACGGAUUUCUCUUAUGAGGGUGAUCUUGAGCAAGAUAUUGUUCUAUGUGAUUCUUCGUCGAUUCAUAAUGCUUCUGUUGUGAUUGUUAUUGAUGAAGAUAAAAAGGACAGAAUUGAAAUACUUGGGUUUCAUGCACAUAAUCUUCUGAGACAAAUCGAUGAAGUGGAACGACUAAAAUUAUUGUUUUACAAGGUUUUAAGACAUGCUAAAGAUUUUUUCAUCAAUCUUCCGAUAUUUGGAAGUUUGGCUUAUCUGCAACUAAAUGAGGUCACUGGUGAAGCUUUGUUGCAAUUACUUCACAAUUCUCCAAUUCUUAAUACUCUUGUUUUACUUAAUGGAGUAGCUAACUUACAAAAAGAUGUCUUAGCUUCUGCAAUGGUGCCUCACUGCUUUCUGUCAAGCUUCAAAGUAUUUCAGUUUAAAGGUUUUAAUGCGAACGAGCAUGAUCUAUGUUUGGUAAAAUUCAUGUUGGCAAAUGCAGCAACCUUGGAGAAGAUGAUGAUAUAUCCGGCUUUUGGGCUACGAUAUUCAGAUAUUGACAUAGGAAAAGUUAAGGAGCAGAUACUCUCAUUACCAAAAUGUUCUAGCUUUUGCGUGGUAGAAUUUUCUGAUAUCGCCAGUUCUUGAAGAUUUUUAGACCACAAGAAUAUUUGUGCCACGAUUUCGUAAUGUAUCUAGGUUUAGUUUUCGCUAGCAAAAUCUAAGAGGUUUCUCUUCUUUCUGUUGGUUUUCUCUUUUUGCUAAAUGUAACUUGAAUGUUAUGGUAUCUUGUUUUAUAUUGCAAUGCUUAGUUUACUAAUUAUCAAGAAUCGAAGACUCGGAGGCAACAACUUCAAACUGGGAUUAUUGAGAAAACCUAAGUCCGACAUAGAAAAUAUAUAAGGCCUGAUAAGAUGUUGUAAAGAGAGGCACCUCUCACCUUACAAGUCGAUUUUGUAAAGAUGAGAUAGACCCAAUCCAAACUUUAAUAUGGUAUUCGAGGCUAUCGAAUAAAAGUUUAUAAAAAGGGACGCCCCUC